AUGGACUUCCCAAGGUCCUCGGGACAUACCUCCGACCACCUGCAACCACCGCCUAGCCCAUACCCAGCGACUGUGGACCCAUCGCCCGUGGACAGCAACGGUACCAGCCAUACUGACCACACCGAGAUCGAGGACGAUGCGCAAGAAGACCACCCGAGCGAAGAUGGCAUGAGUGACAUUCGUUCCCCCGCCACUGACGACAUUGUGAGUCCGGUGAGCCAGGAUGGGCAGACAAAACCACACACCCAUAAACUCAACACCACCGUGCGCAGGGCAGACUCGGACGAUGCCCCUCCAUCCGUCAUUCACGCGCCGGAUAGCUUCAAGCAAUUCAGCCGAAUGAGCAUGUCUGGCGCGUCGUCUAGCGCAAACACAUCGGAUAGUACCGCUGUUGUAUCACCGUCAACACCAGAAGCCAACAUGCUACCCGAUGUCGACAACAAGCACACUUCUUCGACCUACACGACUCCAAUUGAUACUGCCGUCUCAAACUCGGUUGCCCCAGAUCGUAGUACACCACGUGCACAAACGCGACAAGAUUUCGAGGAAGAUCUCCGGCGACGCAGUAUCCGCAAAAGCCUCAACCUCGCUGAUAUUGCAGAGUAUGAAGACAAUGCUACUCUCGAUUCCUCCGCAAGCUCCGUCAUCGAACAGGACGACAGCCAGUCUUCACAAUCGCAGGACGGCGAAUCAAUAUCCAUCGGCACGCAGACCAUGGGCCAGGCAAUCCACGGUAUCCAGGAAACAGAAAAGGAAUUGGCAGCCCUUCGAAGCGCUCUGGACGAAUGCUGGACACUAUGUAACUCGCUAGCCAAAUUGAGCCAGCAUCACCGAACUCGCAUGUUCCACUAUUCUGGAGGAAGCCCUGAUAUGCAAGAGCACGCCUGGAGGACGUGUUGGCGGCUUUGCCAGAAGCUUUAUGAAAGUCGGGAAGAGGACCCAUCAGUACAGAUCCGGCCGACACUUGAACUGUGCCGGGACUUUUGCCAGGCCCUCUUCGAUGUGCGACAACGCGGUGAUGAGGCGUCAGAUUCGGUCCUUAGGGUCAGUUUCGAGCUCAACAAUCACCUCUACAACGCCCACGACCGCACACUACCUGAAACGUUCCGUGAACGCACACUCGACUUUUACUUGACGCUAUGCCACCGCUUGAUGAAGCAAAGGACUUCCUUACCAGAAGAGACAGAUUCAUUGCUGCACGCAUGCUGGUCAUUAGCAGAGAUGCUUUUCAGUCUCCGCCAAAACAGCCGGGAUGGUAAGCCUGCUGACGAGGAAUUACUGGGGUCGGCUAUCCAGGCUUGUUGGGAUUUGUGCGACCUGUUCCGUGAAGGCUGGACACAGGUACGACCCGAUCGCGGCACCCCACGACCGACACAAUACGCCUUUUCGGUAGGCCGUGAGUCUGUGUCACAUCGCUCCCAGGGGACAUACUCCGAACGGUCUGGACGAUCUUCCAGUGUGAACGAGUCUUACCAUUCUGCUAUUUCUGCAAGGAGGGCGACCCCAAUGCAGCCGGAAACACCAACUACUAUCUUCGAUGAUCGCGAGGAAUUUUCUCCAGCAGACGAGCCUAACGUGCCGAACAUCCUGGUUCUCGGUCCAGAAGCCGGCAUGACACGCACUCAUGAUCGCUGGUCAUCCGCUUCGUCCAACCUUUCUACCUACUCCGACGCUUCAGCACAUACUUCUUCUACCGCUACUGCCGGUCGUGAGGACCCCAAUCUCGUGCGCCUCAAAGGGUUGAUCAUGAAGGCGGCCAUCAAUACGGGCUAUAAUCGUCAGAUUCCCCUCCCGGACUUCAUUCGUGCUCUGCCUUCGAACAGUUUUGGAACCGACCCAUGGCAAAGUCAGUUAUUUGACAACUAUCGGAAGCUUGUACUCACAGACCCGACGCUACGGAGCAUUCACUCUCAACCACUCCGGAGGCUAACGGCACUUGAGAUUGGGCGAUCAGUGCAAUGGCUAGGUCGUAGCGAAUCGUUCAAGUGGUUGCGCGAGUUAUAUCGAUUUGUCUUUGGGGCAUAUCCCGAGGAUACGAGCCAGCGGAACCUGAUCAUCAACGCCUAACGCACAGUCACCAUGUCCCCAGUAACGUUGUCAUUCUCCUGGUCCUUCCCCUUCACGAGUCUUGUUUGGAUGGACCACCUUAUUUUGUUUUCGCCUUAUACCCCCAACGCUCUUUCAAUAUGCGCAUCUGUUGGUCCCAGCAUGUUGUAGUUCCAUGUUGUAGAUUACGGAUUCUGCAUUUUCACUUCUAUGUACACCUUCACGAGCAAGUAUAUUUGUCAUGUUCAUGAAGCUACGACACAUUAUAUAAUCAAUACCACGUUCUCAUUCAA